ACUACUAUUUUAUUUGCAAAAAUAACCACUGUGUGGCGCAGUGAAACACCCUUUGUGUUCCACAGUGUUUCUUUUAUGGGUGAAUAGGGCUAAGAUAAGUUAGUUCUGCUGUUAUACGACAGGGUAGAAAAUUUAGGUUUGAUAACUUGCGGGUGUAUUACGGCAGAAAGUAUUGUGAAAACAAGUAAUACUAUUAGUAUUAGUAAGUUACAAAGUAGUAGACCUCUAUCUCAGCUGUGAUCAAUUCAAUGCCAACUUUGCGAGAGAAAGUUGUUGAAUUGUUAAGGCAAGUUUCAUCUGGGUCUGGAAGAGGAUGCGACGUAAAUACCAGUUGUACAUCUCCUACUUCGGGAACUUUCAUUCAGAAAUAUUUAAGCGGAGAGUCAAGAAAACAACAACCAGAAAUUUUCUUUGGAAAAUCCUGCUAUGACUUGCCAGUUAAAGAAAUCAGUAAGCUGUCUGACAGGGUUCUAGCAGCCUUCACUGGUCCAUCUGGAGGUCUAACAAAGGUGAACACGAUUCAAAGAGCCUUCCAGUCUUCAGAACCUGAUGUUGACUUUAUAGAUGAAGACUACAUAGAUAAUUGUGAUAAUAUAAAAAAUCUGGUCCAAGAUAAUUUACAGAAAACAAAUGGAGUUCAUCCAGAAGAUUUAGAGAAAAGAAAGAAUGAAGAUAAUAAAAAUGGAGACAUAACUUUGGAACGGGAUUUUCCGAGAGAAGAAGAGAUUGCUGGUGUGAAAAACUGGAAUAAACCAUCCAGUGAAGCCUAUGGCAUAGCUACAACACUAUAUGAAUGUCACCCUCUCACAAAAGAAAAUGCAGGUGAACCAAUUGCUGAUGCUUUUGGAGUGUGUUUGCGAGAAAACAAUGCUAUUCUAGUAUUAGCUGAUGGGGUGAACUGGGGGGAAAAAUCUUGUCUUGCGGCAAGAUGUGGUGUUCAUGGUUGCAUAGAUUACCUCAAUAAAGCUCUAUAUCGUGAAGGAGGGAAAGUAGAAACCACCUUGGACAUUUUCAUUUGCCUCCUGCGGUCCUUCCAUGCAGCUCAUAAUUUGAUUCUUCAGGAAGGUGGUAUGCUAACAACCUUAUGUGCUGCCAUUAUUUGUGAAAUGAAGAAUUCCAACAAAUUUAUUGUUUGCACUUGUAAUGUAGGAGACAGCCUUGCCUAUGUGUACAGUAAGAAGUAUGGUGUGCGAGAAAUCACUCAAGGAUCUCAUGACAUUUAUUCAAUGAGAGAUAUGAGAGAUGCUCUCGGUGCUCUUGGGCCUGUUGAUGGGCAGAAUCCUGAACUUAGUAAUUUGACUGUUGCCAUGACAUCAGUUGACCCUGAUGAUAUAGUGUUUUUAACAAGUGAUGGGAUUUCUGAUAAUUUUGACCCUGUGGUUGGAAAAUUUGCUCUUCCUAAGAAAACGGAAAGAAAUGCACCAAAGGCAACAAUGGAGGGAAGCCAAGAUGAAAGCCAAAACCAGAAAGAAAAGCUGCUGCAGAGAUCAUGUAGUAAUGGAGAUGAGAAGCACAGCCCCCCAACAGAAAUAAUCUUACCAGUGGUUGAGGCCCAUCAACGACACGAGCUCACACUUCUACGAAUGGAAGAUCUCCUCACAUUUGGAGUGAAUGAAGGCGAUGGGCUUUGUGAAACUGCUCGUCAGCUUUGUGAACAGUUGAUUGAUUUUGCUACCAAGUUGACAGUAGCUAAGAGAAGGAUUUUGGAAGAUCCUGAACUUUACAAAGAUAGUGCUGCCGCUUUGAAUCAACUUGAACAACGGAGACGUCGUCGAAAAGUUGGGGGAAAACUAGCAAUGGUCCCUGGCAAGCUAGAUCAUGCCACAGUUGUAGCUUGUAAGGUCAUAACCAAAACUUCAUCAUCAACUGUAGUUCCUCCGAAUACAGCCAUGUGAAAGUAUUUCUGAGCAGUUUAGAUGCAUUUCAAUGAAUAAUUGCUUUCAUGUGUGCUUGUAUAGCCCUUAUCUUAGGCUAUUUCAUUCAAACUUAUGUGGUGAUAUUCAGAUGCAGGAUCAUUUAGUUUCUACAAAACCCUUUAUAUUAGGCAAUUGCAUGAUUUUUUUUACACAACCUGCUUUCCUAAUAAGACAGUUUUGUUUCUUCAAAUCUGUGGGAUAUUUCAUCAUUUAUCAGGGAUCUUAAUAUUUAUGAAGAUGGGAAGAUUUAAUUAUUUGUACCUUUAAUUUUAUUUCCAAUAUUUUGUAGUUAUUUAGAGUAACAAAGUAGACCAAUGAUUAUUGCUAGUGGGAUUUCUUACAUAAAAUACCCUGUUAUUUUAUGAUUUUCUAUGAUUCUUUAGAAUAAGAUUGUAUUAAAUGGGCUUUGUCUCCAGUCUUUAUAUAUAUAUAUCACGCUAUUACAUCUAUCUACUCUGUAAGGAUUAGCAAGAACUGAAAUGUACUUAGAAAAAGGUCUGGUGUGCAUGACCAUAGAUACAAGUACUAUUUGUUGUGUUAACAUGUAAUUGACAGUUAAUUAAUUGAGGUGGAGUUUUUAUAUUGUUCCUGUGGGUAUAAGAAAUUUCAGACAUGGCAGAUGGCACCACUGCAGUACCUUCGUGGACACAAGUUUGAGAAACACUGCUUUAUGGUAUUUUGUGUUGACCUGCAUAAUUUAAGGUAGUACUGUUGUGGCUUAUUGGUUGAACUUUAUAAUUAAAUUCAUAGAAAGAAAAGAAUAUACUUUCAGGUUUUUUUUUCAAAUUUAAAUUAUCCUUUUUCAGCUUUACAAAUCAACUAAAAUGAAUUUUGUUUCUAUAUUUUAAACAUGUCCGAAAGAGAAAGUUAUUAAUACAAGUCUAAUAACUCAUUAAUAAUAAAGGUGAAGACAGUUAACAAAACACAAAACAUUUUAUUUACAAAGUUUGAACAUUUCGGAAUACACUUAUUCCAUCUUCAUUGAAAUCUGAAAACAGUGUUACUAAGAUAUUUAUUAACUACAACUAUAGUAUGAUUAAUCACUAGUUAAUUAUUGAGUAAAGUGGUAAAUGGAAGGAUGAAAAAAAAUUACAGAUUAUAUUGUGAAAAAGCUGAAUUUGUGUGUAAAUUUAUAACAUUUUUUUAGGUCUAAAGAGGUUUGUAAGUCAUUAAGAGUAGGGUGGUGGUCUUUAGCUAUGAAUAAACUUUCUUUAAUGUAGAGUUCAAGGUCUGAAGAUCCUGUAGUAAUGAUAGAGAAAUUGUCAUAUUAAAUAUUGUGAUGUGUUUUCAACAUGUGAUUGAAUGGGUUUGAAUAGUGGACAGUUGGUUCUAUUUGAUACUCCUAAAUGUUCACAGACUGUAGUUUUCAACUGGCAUUUUGUUUUGCCAUGCAAGUGACUUUACAUUCACUACAUGUAUACUAAUAUACAAGCCAUGAAUGUAGAAGUUUAGGUAGUUGGUAUUUAUAUUAAAAUAAGUGUUUAAUGUGGAGGCUGUAGGUCUGUAUAUUAGUUUGAGCUGAACUUGGAGAUAGAAGUUUUUAUUAAAGAGAAGAGUUGUUUUUUUAAUUUGUAAGGACUGUAAGCCCAUAAAAGGAAAGGAGAUACUGAGGGGAAAUUUGGGGAUGGUGUGCACAAUAGCAGAAAACUGUGUGUAAUAUUUGUUAGAAAGUCGGUCAGAUGGCCAUUAUUUAGCAGUUGUUUGUGCAGAAGUGUAAUUUCUCUGUGUAAAAUAGAAUAAUUUGAGCAAAGAUUAGAAAUUCAGUUUAACACUGACAUGACUAGGUUAUGUUUGAAGAAGUUGGGGAUAAAACUAUUAAAAUUAAUAUAAAAGAUUUUAAAAGUACUUUUACGAUAAACAGAGUUAAAAAAGUGUUUAACCUUCAUUGGUAAUCCUGACAUCUAGGAACUGUAAAGAUUCAUUUUCUUUGAGUUUGAAUGUGAACUUGAUGUUGGAGUGUUUAUUAUUAGACUUUGUUUGACCCAUCAUAACUCCUUAUCAACAUUAUAAUAAAGUUAUCACAAAUUUUGAAUGGAACUUAUUGAUGGAAAAAAUAAGUAAGUAUUGACAUGAAAAUAAAUUUGGUGUAAACAAGACAAUCAUUCCAAUGGCAUGGCAAUGCUUAAAAGAAAAAUUGGGAGGGUUUUAUAAGUUGUUUCUUAUGGUGCAAAAUUCUGAUUCAGAUGAUUGCUGUACAUGCAGUCCUUACUCAUUACAAGAGAUAUAUGUUUUAUUAUGUUCUGUUGCAAAAUUCAAACCUGGUGUAUGAUAGAGAAUUAUUAAAACUUUAAGGUAAAGAAGAAGAAGAACCAAACAACUUUCUGAACUUGUCCUGUUGGUCUGCUGUUUACGAAAUAUAAAAUAAAAUAAAAAAUUAUAUGCACAGUGGUACAUUUAGUUAAAUAAAUCAGUUUAAGUUCAUGAAGAUUCCACACAAAUAUGCCAGCUAUUUAUUUUUAAUGUACUAGUAUAAAAAAUAAGCAGUAAAUCACAAUUCGUUUUUGAAAUUUUCUACAAAACACAAGCUUUUAUUACAAUUUAGUUAUAUACCUUUAUACAAGUGUAAAUUUUGAUUUAUUUGUGUGCCUUUAUGCAAAUAAACCAUAAAUAUAAGCUUUUUGAAAAGUAAGAAGUAAAUCACAAUUCAUAUGUGAAACUUUUACAGAAUUACACUUUAGUUAUGUUUUUUUGUGAAAACAAUCUAUGAAUUACAACUCAUUGAGUACUUUAUAAAAAGUGUAAAUUUCAUUAAGGUUCUGAGAUACAUUAUAGGAUAAUAUUUUUAUCUGCUGCUAAUUGAAUAGUUUUAUAUCAGGAAUAAUAAAGUUUAUCAUUGACCAAUUCCAACUUCAGACUUCCCAAUAAAGUAGUAAACAAGACAAAAAACAUUUAUUUGUUCAUCUUUGUCUAGUUUGUGGUGUGACAAGGUUCUUUGCUUGAUACUGAUCAUGUAACAAGAUUUUGAAUUAAGUGUUUAAUGACCAGUAUCUGAAAGUUUGAUCUAUUAAUGUUUAAGUGGAAAUAUGUAAUUAUUUAAAUUGUUAUGAUAUAUAUAUAUAUAUGUAUAGAAACUUGGAAAUAGCACCAAAUAGCAUGAACUGUUUAGAAAUUUUUUUGUUCCAUGGCUUGAUCUGAUGCUGUUUUACGUUUUAAACUAUUUUCACCCCAUGUAAGAAAUGUUAUUGAAGCUGAUCAUUAAAGAAGAUACCCAUGAUAAAGCACCUCCACAUCACCAAAGAAUACUUUGAUAUUUGAUAUAGUGUAAUUUGAUUUUUAUGGUUGAUAAUUUCUAGUUUAAACUUCUAAGUUAAUUUGUAGUGUGACACAUAUUCAUUGAUAUUUUUUAAUUUUCAGAUUUUAAUGUAAUUCAGUUAACUCUUUUCUGAAUAGUUAUGAUUAGUGUGUCUUAACUGUGUUGGAGUAUUUCAACAUAGGAAAAUAUUGAACAUUAAAAGAUAGAUACCAUUAAAGUUAUUAAUUUUCAAGGAUUUUAACCACUGGCUUUAUGAUGGUGUUGUUAUAAUUUACUCUUGAACAAGCCUGCUUCUUAUAAUUCAUACAGCAAAGUAUGGAAAAUGUCUCGUGUUUCUGUCCUUGUAAAUAAAUUUGUAAAAAUGCUAUACAAAUGUAUAUGUACAUGUUAUUUCUACUUUUGUAAAAGAUGAUUUUUAUGUAAACUUCGAAAUGAAUCAUUUAUCGGUAUCAGUUUAAAUUUUCCAAUGUAUGUUUACAGUUAUAUUCACAGUACGCAUAACUUGUACAUAACUAUCUUCCCUCGUUGUAUUUUCAAUUAUUUUGUUUUUAUUGUAAUUUAAAAUAUUUAGAGAUUUGUAAAAAAUGAAAACAGUUUUAAGUGGGCUAAAACUUCUUACAUCUUGUUACAGAAAUGAAAGUAUUUUGAUCAAAAAAAGUGAAAAAUGUGUAGAAUGUGAUAGGUGUAAACUGUUGCCGUAAAUAAAUAUGAAAAAUUUAAAUGACUGGAAGCAUAUUUUCUAUUUCUCCUUAAUUU